UUGCAUCAACCUCUUAGCCAAAUACUCUUCUUUAAAUCCCUUGCACCUUCUCUUAAUUUCUUUGCCAGCCAACCUUGUUGAAAUCCAUUGUUUCCCUUUCAAAAGUCCCGACCCCUCCCGUAGGAUUUCUUCCUGGUAUCAACUGUUUCACAAUGUUCUAAACUCGACUCACGUACUGCAAACAAAAGAAACCUCUCACACACAACAUAUAUAAUCUUAUUAGGGAUCCCAUUUCUUGAUUAAAUAAGAAUUCAUCAUUGGAAAUGAAUUGGAAAAAGGGGAGUAUUGAGAUUAAUAUCCCUUCUCAACAGCAAGAAACUAAGAACAAAUCUUGCAAGCCAAGCUUUUCAUGCAAAGAAUGGAUUUUGAGUGUCUGGAAAUUUGCCAAACAAGAUGUCAACAGAGUAUUAUUCUCUCUUAAAAUGGGGUUUGCAGUUCUUGUUGUAUCACUUCUAAUACUAUGCCAAGCACCUUAUCAAGUUUUUGGCAUCAAUAUUGUCUGGGCCAUUCUCACUGUUGCCAUCAUGUUUGAAUAUACCGUCGGUGCCACGUUCAGUCGAGGAUUCAACCGAGCAUUUGGUACCAUAGUCGCCGGAAUCUUAGCCAUUGGUAUCGCUCAGUUAGCUUUGAAAACUGGAAGGAUUGUGGAGCCUAUUGUAAUUGGUCUGAGCAUCUUCACUGUUGGGGCUGUAACAUCAUUCAUGAAGUUAUUGCCAUCCUUCGUGCCAUAUGAGACUGGAUUUAGAGUUAUACUUUUCACCUACUGUUUGAUCAUUGUCUCCGGCUAUCGAAUGGGGAACCCGAUCAGAACGGCCAUGGAUCGACUUUACUCAAUUGCCAUUGGAGGGAUCAUAGCAGUAGCAGUAAAUGUAUUCAUUUUUCCUAUAUGGGCUGGGGAGCAGUUACACAAAGAACUCGUUGACAACUUCAAUGCAGUGGCUGAUGCACUUCAAGAAUGUGUGAAGAAGUACUUGGAAGAUGAUGGAUCAGAUCUUUCAGAAUUCUCGAAGACUGUCAUCGAUGAGUUUCCUGAUGAACCUGCAUAUAGAAAAUGCAGAUCCACAUUGAACUCCUCAGCCAAACUUGAAUUCUUGGGCAAUUCAGCAAAAUGGGAGCCACCGCAUGGAAGGUUUCAGCAUUUCUUUUAUCCAUGGUUAGAGUAUGUGAAGGUUGGUGCAGUUUUGAGAUACUGUGCAUAUGAGGUUAUGGCACUUCAUGGUAUACUUCACUCAGAAAUUCAGGCCCCAUAUAAUCUUAGAAUCACAUUCCAGGAAGAGAUCCAAGAGGCCACAAGUGAUGCUACUGAGCUAAUCAGAUAUCUUGGCAAAGAUAUAUGUAAUAUGAGGAGAAGCCUCAAAACUUCCCAACUGAAAAGGGUUCAUAGCUCAAUAGAAAGACUCCAAAGGGCAAUCAUAAUACACUCAUACCUCCUUACAUCUGCUAAUGAGCCAUUGGAUAAUUCAUCGAAGCCCUCUCAUGCCAUCUCAUCUACCUUUCCUGACCUCUCAAUUCAACUGGUUGGGCCUGAUAAUAAAUGUAUUGAGCAAAACUAUAAUCUGCCAUCCCAACCAAACUAUGCAACAGCAGAAUUGCAGAGAGGAUCUUACCAUGAGAUGGUGAAGAAGCAAUCAAGAAGUAGGCUCUAUUCUUGGCCAUCGAGGGAAGUUGAUGUUAUAGAAAAUGAGGGAGGUUUUAGCUCAGAUUUCAUUCCCAGGAUGCAGGCGCUGCAGAGCACUGCUACACUGUCACUUGCAACUUUUACAUCAUUGCUUGUGGAGUUUGUGGCUCGACUCGAUCACUUAGUUGAAGCGGUGGAAAACCUGUCAAAGAUGGCCAAAUUCAAACAGGAGGCUCUGUGA